AUGCAAAAUACCCAAAGUUCUGAAAACAAAGCUACCUUAGUUGAAGAAGUUGUAAGAGAUUUUGAUAAAAAUGAAGUUUUUGAAGAAAUAACUGCUAAGUUUACGUGGGAACAAGAUGUUGAAAGAUCGUGGAACUUACUUGUAGAAAAUAACGGUGUUUUACAACAUGUUAGUCAAGAAAAUUUAGAAAAUAAUAGUAAACAAAAAUAUAAAAAAGAUCAAAUUGCUUCCUUAAGAAAAGGAAUAUUCAGACAUAUAAUAAUACUUUUUGAUAUGUCGAGUAGCAUGAAAGAAAGGGACUUUAAGCCAGAUAGAAUAAAUGUUGUCCUGGAAUCUUUAAAAAACAGUUCAGCAAAAUUAAUUCAAUCAUUAACAUCAAAUAUAGAUGACAUAUUAAGUUCAUUGUUAAAGGAAAGAAGUAAUGGUCUUCAAGGUUCACCAUCACUACAAGAGGGCUUAGAAAUUGCGCAUGAUUUAUUAAUUGAUAUGCCUAUGUAUGGAACGAAAGAAAUAGUAAUAAUGUAUAGUUCUAUAAGAACAUGUGAUAAAAAUAAUAUAUUAAAUAUUUUGGAAUUAUUAGUAAAAAACAACAUUUACGUAAAUUGUAUUUCUAUUGCCCCAGAAAUGCAUAUAUUAAAAUAUAUAUGUGAACGAACAAAAGGUAUUUAUAAAAUAUGUACAAGUAAAAAUGAAUUAUUAAAUGAAAUAAAUAGUGUUGCAGAAACACCUUUAUGGAUGUUUGGAAUGGAACCACAAUUAAUACAUAUAUGUUUUCCAGUAAAAAAAAAAAUAAGUACACAAAUAAUGUGCUCUUGUCAUAAUAACCUAAACACAGAUACGUAUAUAUGUAAUUUCUGUAAUAGCUAUACAUGCAAAAUACCAUCAAAAUGUAAAGUAUGUGGUAUACAUUUAAUUUCUAUGCAUGAUUUAUCACAUAUUACAAAUAAUCUUCAAGAAUCUCCUUUAUUUAUUGAAAUGAAAAAUGAAAAAAGUGCGCAUUACUCUUGUUCAUCAUGCCAUCAAAAACUUUAUGAAAAAGUAUCACAGUGUACUAAGUGUAAACAUGUUUUUUGUGUUGAAUGUGAUAUAUUUAUACACGAGGACUUGAAUCAGUGUCCUUUUUGUUUAAUCCAUCACUCGUAG